UUUAAAUUGUUAAAUGUGUAUUAGUUCAGCUUUGACUGGCAAAAUGUUGGCUGGAGUUUGUCUUGUAAUAUUUAGUAUUUCUCAUGUUCAUGCUGAUUGCAGUGUUAACCUGGACGGUUUGACCGGAAAGUAUCCCCCACUUCUGCUGCAGGGUCACCAGUUUAUAUAUCCAACUUCUGUAAACCAACAGGGGCAAAGAACUAUAGAUAUUGAUGAGGGAGGCGAGUUGGAGCUGUACUGCCAUGGAGAUAUCAGAUAUGAAGAUAGUACUUACGUCAGUGUAUCUGGACUACCCAAGCAGAAAAGUAUAGUUCUGACCUGUUCACAAGGAGUAUUUUACUAUGCAGAAGAUCAGGUGAAAGUUGAGUCUUCGACAUGUAACCGACGACAGGAACCUCAUCUCAUCAGAACUAAUGAAAUAUGUUCUCCGGAGGGUGCAGACGGUAGAACCAGUAACCUAGUAGAUCUUGUCCGAGUACAGAUUGGAUGGAAAAUUGGAACAAAUUUUAUUGAACAAAUUCAACUUUGUCAUGAUGAAGCUAACUACGGAACAAUCUGGACAAAUCAUACUAUAUAUGGGAAAAGUAUUGAGCACAGAGAUAUUGAUGAAGGAAGACCAUCUUUCAGAGCUGACAAUUCCUAUCAGAAGAGAUUCUACACCUGGUAUACCAGUACUAAACUUAAUGAGCAGUACUCUAAGCGAACUCAAGGAUAUACCGUAUCUAAACUGUUGGGAUCUAACAUCAUCAAUUCAGUUCCAUUGAUUGAAACUGGGACUACAGGAAGCAACUACUUUGCUAAGGGUCAUCUCUCUCCAGAUGCAGCAUUCAUCUACAAUGUCCAGCAGGAUGCUACAUACUACUUCAUGAAUGCUGCUCCGCAAUUCCAGGCCUUUAAUAAUGGAAACUGGAAAGCUUUGGAAUACAAUGCAAGAGACUUAGCAAGCAGGUCUGGACGUGAUCUUUCCAUUCAUACUGGAACAUUUGGAGUUCUCAGCUAUACUGAUGUAAACAACGAGGACGUUCCAAUUUAUCUCUAUAUAUCAGGAGAAACAAGGUAUAUCCCUGCCCCCCUGUACUACUGGAAGGUUAUCCAUGAUCCAUCAACUGGUUCUGCUGCUGCAUUCAUUGGUCUCAACAAUCCACAUGCUACAGAACAACCAGAGGAGCUUUGCAAUAAUGUAUGUGGUGAAAUGAGCUGGGUUGAUUGGAGCAUCACUGAACUCGACUCAGGUUACAUGUACUGUUGUUCUGUAGAAGACGCAAGGAAAGCCAUUCCUUCUAUUCCAGAUAUUCAGUCUUCUGGGCUCAUUCAGAUGGAGUAGUAACAGAUUGAAGAACACUAUAGAAUUUGUUCACUCACCUUAAACUUUCAUGUUAUUAUCUUUUAUAUUUGCAACCUGAUGUCGGAGAACUUUGAUAUUCUAUACUAUAAAUUCUGAUAGAUAAAACUUCAUUGGUUUAAAUUAUCAGGUUGCAAAUGUAUAAGGAUUAGCAAAUAAGAGUUUGAGGCAAGUGUUCAGUUCCUUUUGUUGCAAAAAAGUGUAAAGUGUACAGUGUACAGUGUACAGUGUACAGUGUACACUUCUUUAAUAAAUUCAUAGCAAAACA